GGAACGUCUUCAAAUGACAAGCCUUAAACACAAGCCAAGUAUAAGACAAAUUUUGGGAGAGUACGAUCAACUUUCACAUAACCGGCCAGCUGACAACACCUGGACUGACGAAGAUUUUAAGAAAUUAGUUCAAAGUUUGCGAGAAGAUGCACCAGUGUUUUUAAAGAUGAUUAAUGAAGUGAAGAAAAAAUUGAAUAUGUUGGAAGAUAAGACUACAAAUCAAGGCGUACAAUACAAAGCUUUAAUACGUGAUCUGUCUCGAGUUCUUCGUCUGCUCAACACCAAACCAAUGAGGCUACAAAUGCCAGUGGAUGGAGUACCAUUAUUGCUUUGGGCUGAAAAUGCUCUGAAACGAUUUGAGAAAUCAGAUUUGCAAAAUCCGAAGAUAACGAAUGAAAUUGGGGAAACAUCUGCAGAGAUGCGAUUGAAAGACGCAGUUUUGUAAACGAAGAAUUUCCAAAUCAGGUUUGAAGAAGGCUCUGAAGUUAAGUCGCAGUUCAGUGAAAAUACUCAGCCUUUGACAGUAUUUAUGAUCAAAAUUUGCUAUGUUUAGUUUAGUUUAUAAUGACUCGGCUAUAAAUGGACUAGAGUUGCACAGAAUUAAACGCCUCCUUAAUCAGGAACAGUUGUCUCAAACCACGCUUACAAACCGGGUAUUUGCCGGGGAUAGUUUUGCUAAAAUUUUACACAUUGAUAUGCCCGGCGGAUGUACGUUAAUGAUAUCUGAAAAGCAUGCAAGCGACUUACGUCAUAAAGGCAUCAUCAGACUUGUUAUUAAGUUGAAGCGUGGUUGAAGUAAAUAAAGUAACAGCAAUAUCCCAAAAGGAAAAGGAAAAAAACAACAUAAGCAAUUACGUCAUUUGACGUCACUACUUAUUAAUCCGGGUGCUUUUAAUAACUGAUUUCCCGGUAUUCAAGAGAGAAUAAUUAUGAUAUAAUAAUCGGAAAGCGUUUUUCCCUCAAAGCAGCUGAUAAUCAAUACGAGUUCUGAAGCUUGUUCUUAAUUAUUAAUGUAACU